GGGCCCGCGGACGCAGGAGCAGAAUGACGGAGGUGACGGAAGCGCUGACGCCACGCCGCCCGGAGCGCCCGCCCGCCCGCGGAGGUCGCCGGGCCCGCGGCCGCGCUGUCCCGCGGGCCCCGCGCAGCCCCGCCCGGCCCGGGUUCCCACGGCGCCCGCCCCGCCCGCGCCUCCGCCCGCCCUCCUCACCGCCGCGCCAGCCCGGGCCUCUGGCGAACAUGGCGCUCGUCCCCUGCCAGGUGCUGCGGGCGGCCAUCCUGCUGUCCUACUGCUCCAUCCUGUGCAACUACAAGGCCAUCGAGAUGCCCUCGCAUCAGACCUACGGAGGGAGCUGGAAAUUCCUGACGUUCAUUGAUCUGGUUAUCCAGGCUGUCUUUUUUGGCAUCUGUGUGCUGAGCGAUCUUUCCAGUCUUCUGACCAGAGGAAGUGGGAACCAAGAACAAGAGAGGCAACUCAAGAAGCUCAUCUCUCUGCGGGACUGGAUGUUAGCCGUACUGGCCUUUCCUGUUGGGGUUUUCGUCGUAGCGGUGUUCUGGAUCAUUUAUGCCUACGACAGAGAGAUGAUUUACCCGAAGUUGCUUGAUAAUUUUAUCCCGGGGUGGCUGAAUCAUGGAAUGCACACAACGGUUUUGCCCUUUAUAUUAAUCGAGAUGAGGACAUCACACCAUGCGUACCCCAGCAGGAGCAGCGGACUCGCCGCCAUAUGUACCUUCUCUGUUGGCUAUAUAUUAUGGGUGUGUUGGGUGCAUCAUGUAACUGGGAUGUGGGUGUACCCUUUCCUGGAACACAUUGGCCCAGGAGCCAGAAUCGUCUUUUUUGGGUCCACAACCGUCUUAAUGAACUUUUUGUACCUGCUGGGAGAAGUUCUGAACAACUAUAUCUGGGAUACACAGAGAAACCCUCCAUCUUGGCAAGGCACGUAAUCUUACCCCAGCCGUGCAAAACCCGCCCAAAGUGUAUGGAAGAAGAGAAAGAGAAGCCUAAACUGGAAUGAGAGCCAAGUAUAAACGGAAGAGCUGGAUUGCGCACCACUGAAGCCGCGUUCCCCCCUGGGCAUGGGCAGUGCGGAAGAGGAGGCCGUGGGAUCCGCCGCCACCUUCCUGCCCCAGAGGGAGGACAGCUUUCAUGGAGAAAUAUAUAUAAGAAUAGAAUACAGUGGUUUCCAAAGUAACUUGCCCUCGUUGUGUUUUAAAGAAUUCUCUCCAAAUUCAUCAUUGAUAAUAACAUCUUUUUCUUUUGCUUUUCCUCUUCUAGUUUUUAAAACUAGAAUUGGUCAUUGGAUUUUAAUUUUUGUGAUUGUAAUUCCAUUUAAGCAAGGAAGAAUAAAAUUCUAUUGUGUUCCUGGAUAAAUAUGUGGAAUCAAAGGGCCAAAGUCAAGCGAGGGGUCAGAGUGUUUAGUCCUACAGGUGGCUGGGAGGAGGGGCCUGGGCCACAGCGUAAGUCUGGAGAAAUGUGAUCCAUGUUCCCUGUUGCAUUAAGUAAUGUCACAGUUGUCUCAAAAGGGCAAUGUUAAUAAUAAUUACAUCAGUUUAGUCAAAA